AAUACUGUACAUACUAACAGUAAAAAAUAUUAUAGUGAUAAGUACACAACAAAAACCCCAGUGUUAAAUUAACUCUCCCUUAUUUGUUUAUUUAAGUUUAUUUAAGUCCACAAUCAAGCGGUUCUCAGUGCUGGCCCUGGGGACCCCCACUCUGCGCAUUUUGUCAAAACCUAAAAAUAUUAGACAUUGUUUAUAUAAUGAUACCUUAAAUUUAACUUUUUGUCAGCUGUUUACAAAACGGAAGGUAGCAUUUUGUUGUUUUUUUUGUGUUUCUGUUUUUGACAUAAUUGACAGAAAUAUGUUGAUGUGAUGUGUGAUUGACUGGAACUCACUUAAGUUGGAAGUGGAACAUUUAAACUUACGUUCCUUAUCCAACCUUGUCUGGAACGCGGCAUGUUCGAGUGUUAAAAGUGACACUGCAGCAAGUUAAUUAGAUAAUUAAGCGAUUAACUGGGUAAUGACCAUUAGUAAAGACAACUGAUGUUAACCAACAAAAUCACUGAAGAGAACAUUAUGGUCACCGUUAUGGAGAUCAAUGUUUAGCUGACAAUUACCUUACGAUGUACGUUAUUGAUUUCACCCAAAAAUGAAAAUUCUGUCAUUAAGUACUCACCCUCAUGUCAUUCCAAACCCGUAACACCCUCAUUCAUCUUCAGAACACAAAUAAAGACAUUUCUGAAGAAAUAUGAAAGAGCUCUCUCAACAGCUAAAGAAUACCUAUAAUGCACUGUGAGGGUUGUGCUGAAUGAAUUCCCGCCUUUUGUCAGAAGAUGGCGCCUGCGGUUAAAUCAUCCAUCAAUUUUCCAAACUGUUUAUCCAAUAUAGGUACAGCAUAAUAUCAUACAGGUAUACAUUUCUUUUUAAAUCAUUUUUAAGUAGUAUAAUUAAGGUUGUAACAUGCUAGUUUCCUUGUCAGAGUUCAAGAUAAAUCUUUUUAUUACUACUAGAGCUGACAGUUUGCUCUGUUUUAAAUGAUUAUUAUACAGAAAACACAAACUAUCCAAAAGUGCCGGCCCUUCCAGUGCACUCAGUGUCUAAAUUUGUUCACUCCUUUACAUUCACUCCUUCAACUGGACUAAUUAGUGGACUAAUGUAGGGAAUAGAGAAUGAGUCUAUAGGAAUGAUUUCAAACACAGCUAAGGUACAGGAAUUAGCAACUUUGCUCCUGAAGUUUAUCUCCAUACCUAUUCAAACACACCUGCCUGUAAUUUCCAAGAAAUUCUGAAGACAUGGGUUAGACCAGAGGUGUCCAAACUCUGUCCUGGAGGGCCACUGUCCUGAAAAGAUCAGUUCCAACUUGUCUCAACACACCUGCCUGGAAGUUUCUAGAAUGCCUAGUAAAACCUUGAUUAGCUGGCUCAGGUGUGUUUAAUUGGGGUUGGAGCUAAACUCUGCAGGACAGUGGCCCUCCAGGAGCAGGCCUAGAUAGCCCUAGGCUAGGCUUUUCAGUUGUGUCUGAUUAGCGAUGGGGCUACACUAAACAGUUGCCCUUCAGGACAAACAAACAUAGAAAACAUGAACAAAUGAGAAUAAGGAGAGGGCAGAAUCCAGAACCCAGAGCUGACCAGCAUUAUAGGGAGGCCUAGAGGGCUGGUCACACUGAUGAAAAGACAGUGAAUGUACACCCAGUCAGAAAAGGGCUUUAAAUUGGGCAGAGAAAGCAUUGUGGCAGGACCAGGAGCAGAAGAGCCAGGUGGGUCUAGACAAGGGGUACCAAACUUAAUCCAGGAGGCCCUGUAGAGUUCAGCUCCAACUUGCCUCACACCUGUCUGGAGGUUUCAAAUAUACCCAGUGAGACCAUGAUUAUCUGGUUCAGGUGUGUUUAAUUAGGGUUGGAGCUAAACUCUGCAGGACACCGUCCCUCCAGUACCGAGUCUGUUGACCGCUGGUCUAGACAGAACAGUUCAAUCAGCUGCCUGGGGAACUGGACCAGAUGGGGCAAGACUGACUGGGAACCCUAAUUAAGCAAGAGCUGCAGGAUGGUUGGCUGGUCUUAGCUGAUUUAAGAUGAAAAUAGUUGGUUUUAGCUGGUCUUCCAGCCUGACCAUCUAAGUAAGUGGCCAAAGAUCUGGUGGGUGACUUUCUUGUCCAUGAUCAUAGGUGCUGGCAGUUGGUUAACUGCCUUCUUGACUAUGUCAGGUAGAACACAUAUAAAAUAUACUAAUCAUUUUCUUUCUGUACUGUGUGAAUUUGGUUUGACUGAUCUCACAUACACCGUGUCUACACCGGACACGACAGUGGCAUCAUGUCACUCGCAUCCUGUGUAGACAUAUUGCGUGUGUCUGACCUUAGCCCAGGCAUGCUGACGGACAGUUUUUGUUUAAAUGCAUAUGUUGCAGAAAUGAAACUUUCUAAACAUAGCAUUUUGCCAAAAAUGAAACUUUUGGUAGCCCUCAAAUGUGAUCACACAGCAUUUUAUCCAAAUUUCACAAUAGCUGACUUGACUUGGCCAUUAUUUAAAGGACAAGAAAAGUGUCUUGUAACUCAUUCAGUUGUGAAGUGUGUUCCAGUUGCUGCUGUAUGCAGUAUUUCCAAAGAAGAAUCAUGUACCUUCUGUGGCCUCUACUGUUUCUUUACGUUUCAGGACACCGUCUGAGCUUGUUUGACGACAAACUAAAACAGCCAAAACAGGAGGGCAGAGUGCGAUUGGUGGGGAAUGAGCCUUCAUCUGGUCGUGUGGAGAUCUACCAUGAUAGACAGUGGGGUACAGUUUGUGAUGACGGAUGGGACAUGGCAGAAGCGCAAGUGGUGUGUCGUCAGCUGGGUUUUCCUGGAGCGAUCUCAGUUAUGUCUGGAGGACGUUAUGGUGAAGGUUCUGGUCCAGUCUGGCUGGAUGACAUGAACUGUAAAGGCUCAGAGAGUUCAUUGUCUGAAUGCAGCUUCAAAGACUGGGGUGUUACUGAUUGCUCACAUAAAGAGGAUGCAGGAGUGGUCUGUGAGAGUGGUAAAAAUGUAACCAGCGAUCGUCAGUUCUUUCUGGAUAACAGUCUGGGUUUGUCUCAUGAUCUUGGUCUUCUGUUUGACAGUGGAGAUGGUUGUGAUUUCACUGUUAAUGUACAAGAUGUCAGUGAAGAGGCAGAAUUGACAUUUUGUGUGCACAGCACAAUCCUCAUGUUUUAUCCAAAACUAAACAUAACAAAUGGCUCCAGAAACCUCACAGUGGAUGUUAGCCACACUUGCCAUCCUCAUGUCUCUGCUUUUCUCAGGUAUUUGUACACACGUCAGAUUGAUGUUUCCAUCACUUCGGCUCAAUGUCUGCAUCAGCUGGCGUUUAUCUUUGGAGUGAAGAAGCUUAUGGGGGAUGUCGGCAGGGUCUUCACUUUGCUCAUUCCUGAAGACAACACCUUCCGUACACAGGUAUCCAUGUACGAGUACGGCGUCCGCACAAGUGACCUUGUUCUGCAGGAGAACGUCCUUCAGUAUCUUUCCUGGAACUGUGAGUUCCUCAUAAACUCUCCAGUGUGGAGCACCAUAUCUUUUCACAUGAUGGACGCUCUGCUGCAGCGCUCAGACCUGAUUGUGAAGGAUGAAGCUUUUCUUCUUGAAGCUCUGGAGAGAUGGAUCCAAGACAAUGGUGAUGAGAUUAGUUCAGAUCAACAGGCCAGUCUCGUGAAACACAUCCGCUUUCUCUUGAUCCCAGUGGAUAAACUGUAUGAAAUACAGUUUUCCUCAAGCAUUCUCCAUCAGAAACAAGAGAGACUGUACUUAGCUGGUCUGCUCAGAGGUUUUCAGUUCAAUGCUCUGCCCUUCUCUAAGAUCAGAAAGCAAAUGGACAACAUGAGUAGUGAGUAUCUACCCAGAAUCUACACUGGAGAUGAGUGGGAUCUGUUUAUCAAUGACACAACUGUCUCACAUGCUGUCCCACAAUACCCAAGCAAUAUCCGGUACAACAAUUACAACUAUAACCAAAGAUAUGUCCCGAAUAACAGAAUCCAAUCCUUCUCCACUCCGGCACACCCUAGUGCUCUUUACAAAGAGAAAAAGGUCCAGUGGCAAGCCCAGAUGUUUCUUAGUGCUCAGGAAUGCUCUAACUAUGGUAUUUCAUGUACAUCUUUUCCUGUUGCAAGAUUUCUCGCAAAUGGUAAUCAGAACAUAUAUGCUAGCACCAUUGGCUACAGCAACAGGUUGAUUCUCAGCUGUAAGAAUAAAAACAAUGUCUUUCAUGUCCAAGACUUCAAAAGCAACAUUGCGGUGAUUCCAAAUAACAGCAGUAUGGGUCUGCCGAACCCUUGUCCUAAUGACUACAAUUUUAGAUUUGUAGUGCGUCCGCAGUAUAUCUGAAUGCACAGUUAUAUUUGCUUCAGGUAGUUUCCUACAGGCAUUUCAGUAUAUUGACUUAGUUUAAUCGAAUCUAUUAAAUUCAGUCAACUUUUUUUUUUCUUUUAAACGAAUGUUAUUCAUUCUGCAGCGAAUUCUCUCAAAAUUUUCAGUUGAUUGUAAACUUUUCAUUUAAAUAUUAAUGAAAAAUGCUUAAUUUUGAAAGUGCACUUCGAAAAUAAAAAAUAUUUCUUAUA